AGGACGUUAAAUGAAUGGUGGAAAAGGAUUGGAGGGGAAUCCUGAUCAUCUUAUCAGAUAGAGGAGGAGAGGAAUUGUUAUUCAAAGCCUAGUUUGGGUGCUUUGUUCGAAAACAACUUGUAUGAGAACUGAAAAGAAGAGUAGUAUCCAUGUAGCUAGAAAUAUCCAUCUGAGGGGGAAUGAACAGGAAAUUCUGGAUAUUAUUCAAAAGUCUGGGUGGAUGUUUGGCAUAGUCGACCACCCUGUGCGACAAGCUCAAAAAUGUCCCGUGUUACCCAGCUUUGUACCCAAAGCUUCUCAUAUAUCGGGCUUUACGGCUGACUAUAAUACUAUUACUUUUCAUGGCAACGCUGAUAACUUGAAGGGUAAUAGGCACUGUCCCAUUCACUCGAAAAGUUAGUUUGCAAAGUGAUUAUCUCCUUUUUUUCAAAGUUGAGUUGUUAUUUAUAAAGAGAAAAGAAUGCAGUUUUAUUCCCCUCCCCCCAAAAAGGAUUAUU